AUGGCGAUCCUAAAACACACGUUCAUUUUUUUCCUCUACAUUUUAGCAAUCUUGGCCGAGACAGCGUUCUCACAGAAUUGCCAAGAUAUUAGUUGUCCUGGCCUUAAGGAAUGUUGCAGCAGAUGGGGCUUUUGUGGCACCGAAGACGAUUACUGCGGCUUUUUCUGUUUCAGUGGCCCUUGCAAUAUCAAAGGCAAAUCCUACGGAUAUGACUACAACGUCGAUGCCGGUCCACGUGGUAAAAUAGAGAGUAUCAUCACACCAGCGUUGUUUGACAGCAUCAUGAGCAAAGUCGAAAGCAACUGCUCGGCAAAAGGUUUCUACACUUACAAGGCUUUCAUUACCGCUUUCAAAUCGUUUGGAGCUUACAAAGGAAAAGUGGCUAAACGCGAGAUCGCUGCUAUAUUGGCUCAUUUUUCAUUUGGAUCUAAAAGCUUUUGUUUGAAAGAAGAUAUAUCGAGUGAGAGGUACUGUUCAAAGAGCAAGAAAUACCCUUGUGAACCGGGCAAAAACUACUAUGGUCGCGGUCUGCUCCAAUCAAUCACAUGGAACGAGUACUAUGGUGCAGCGGGCAAGCACCUUGGGAUACCUCUAUUGAAGGAUCCAGAUCUGGUGGCUCGUAGUCCGGAAGUGGCUUUCAAAUUCGCAAUGUGGUUCUGGAACAGGAAUGUGCGUCCUGCUUUGUACUUAGGGUUUGGGGAAAUCACAAAGAGGAUCGAUGGACGAGAAUGUAGCAACUGGCGUCGUGAUGGCACGAAGAACAAGGUCAAUCAAUACAUAGAGUUUUGCAAGAUGCUUGGGGUCACUCCUGAUCAAGGUCUCGAUUGUUAA